AUGAGAACCUUCUCCAGGUGCUGGUGGCCCCCAAUCCACAUCCCCUUGGACAGGAGACCCUCCCCUCGGCUGGUGGCCCUGGGGGGGGACAAGAGGGACCCCGCCCGGGGCCCGCACUCCCUGCGUUACUUCUACACCGGCGUGACGGAGCCCAGCGCGGGGCUGCCCGCGUUCGUGGUUGUGGGGGUGUUGGACGGACAGGUGGAGUUCGUGCGCUACGACAGCGAGACGCGGAGGACGGAGCCCCGCGUGCCCUGGAUGCAGCGGGAGGGUCAGCAGUACUGGGACAGGCAGACCCAGAUAGCACAGAGCCACCAGCAGGGUUUCCACGUUGGCCUGGACACGCUGCAGAAACGCUACAACCAGAGCGGGGGGUACCACACGGUGCAGCGCAUGUGCGGCUGUGACAUCCUGGAGAACGGCGAGAUCCGCGGGUAUGAGCAGUAUGCCUACGACGGGAGGGACUUUAUCGCCCUCAACAAGGACGCGCUGACGUACACGGCGGCAGAUUCCGCUGCCGUCAUCACCAAGAGGAAGUGGGAGCAGGCGGGUGAGCCUGAGAGAAUGAAGAACUACCUGGACGAAAUCUGCGUGGAAUGGCUGCGGAAAUACGUGGAAUACGGGAAGGCCGCACUGGAGCGGAGAGAGCCCCCUGCUGUGAAGGUGUCGGGCCGGGAGGACGAUGAGCGGCUCACCUUGUCGUGCCGGGCUCACGGCUUCUACCCGCGGCCCAUCGUGCUCACGUGGCUGCGCGACGGCGCCGCGCAGGACAUGGAGACGCGGCGCAGCAGCGUGGCGCCCAACGGCGACGGCACCUACCACACGUGGGCCACCAUCGAGGUGCUCCCAGAGCACAGGGCGCAGUAUGUGUGCCGCGUGGAGCACGCCAGCCUCACAGAGCCCGGCUUCUACUCCUGGGAGCCCGAGAGCGGCCUCAUGCCCGCGGUCAUCGGGGCCGUCGUGGCCGUGCUCCUCGUCACCGCCAUCAUCAUCGGCAUCGUGGUCUGGAAGAAGUUUGCUGCCAAGAAGGCCGGCAAGGGCUACGUGGUGGCCGCGGGCCACGACAUCAACAAGGACGGCGCCAAAGAAGGCAGCAAACUGCCCCUCUGAGCCCGGCCAGCCCAGAGCGGCGGCACCCGCCGCCCCGCGUGGGGCUCAACAGGCGCCCUUCGCCCUCGGCUGCUUCCAGACACCGCUCGGCUCCUCCUGCUUCGGCGUCACCGCGGGAGCUGUUUUGGUCCCUUCUCCUUGGCCGUCGCUUUCAUCACACC